CUGUUUGGGAGGCGGGCGCUGCUGGGGCUCCCAUUGGCCUGUGAAGAGGCGACGCGCCGUGGCUGGCAGCGCUUGUCCGGGGGCGCCCCCUGCAGGCCCGCAGAGACACAGCGCCCCCGAUAGACGCGUCCAGUGGAGACUAGAGGAGCUCGGCAGAGCAGCCGGCGGCGAGUGGGAAAGUUUCCCGCCAAAUUCCCAGAGGCAUCCCCAGUUCUUCCCAAGCUCCUCUGCUCCUUAAAGGUGUGUAAAAUGGCAGAAAGACCUAUUUGGGAACAAAUUGGAACCAGUUUUAUACAGCUGUAUUAUCAACAGUUUGAUACCAAUAGGGAACAAUUGGGAGCUCUUUAUACAGAUGCUUCCUGUUUGUCAUGGGAAGGGCAGCAGUUCCAGGGAAAAACAUCAAUUAUGGAAAAACUGAUGAGACUCCCUUUCCAAAAAAUUCAGCACAACAUAACAUCCCAAGAUCAUCAGCCAGCUCCUGACAAUUGUAUUCUUAGUAUGGUAGUGGGUCAGCUAAAGGUGGAUGAUGAUCCAGUGAUGGGAUUUCAUCAGUUGUUUGUCCUCAAGAACAUUAAUGACAAAUGGAUUUGUUCCAAUGACAUAUUUCGGCUGGCUCUAUACAACUUUGCUUGAAACCUCUGUUCUCAAGGGCACGUUUUCUCUUCUCAGAUUUUUGACUAAACAAAACUUGGUUUGAAGUAAUCUUUAUUGUGAGACUUCAUAUUUGAAAGAACAUGCAUACCCUGUUACGUUAGAUGAAGGAAUUAGUAUGCUUACUUUAUCAGAUAUCCCUAUAUUACUCUCCUGUACAUCUUUCACAUAAAAACAUCCCAUGGGUACGAUCUUCUAAGAACACUGCUUAGCUAUUUUAAUUGCAUUAAACUUCCUAAAACCUAUGAAAUGUAUUUCUUAUAAAAAUGACAUACUUGUCAAUAAAAUUGCUCCUGUGAAACCCUC